AUGGAGGUUGAGUUUGAUUGGGAGAAUGAGAAAAAAAGAAGUACAAACACAAGAUAUUUAAGCAUUUUAGAUCCAGUUCCAUUCGAAGACAUUGAAUUUUGUUCAUUUAUUGGGACAAUUUUAUUGAUAUUUUAUAUCUAUCUAUUUAUCUAUCUAUCUAUCUCUUAUAUAAUCUCAGAAAAAUAUAUUCACAUAGGUCUGUCUGUCUAUCUAUCUAUCUAUCUAUCUAUCUAUCUAUCUAAUUCUGCUUAUGAUCUAUCUAAUUCUGCUCGUGAUCUCUCUAUCUAUCUAUUUAUCUAUCUAAUUCUGCUCGUGAUCUAUCUAUCUAUCUAUCUAUGUAUCUAUGUAUCUAUGUAUCUAUCUAUCUAUCUAUCUAAUUCUGCUCGUGAUCUAUCUAUCUAUCUAUCUAUAUCUAUCUAUCUAAUUCAUGAUCUAUCUAUAUCUAUCUAUCUAUCUAUCUAA